AUGUCAUAUGUUUAUUUGUCUAGAAAAUCUGUAACCAUUACUCUUACAGGACUCAGUGAUCGACCAAAAAGCGAUACUCUCUCAGCCACUAAGCAAACGUGUCUGCCUGUUUCCAUUAAUGUCUUUAUUUCUUUUCUUUUUUCCCUUCAGCUGCCUUUCAUUUUUCCUCUUUUUUUUUGGUUUAUUCUUUCUUUCUUGCGUUUUCUGUUUCAUUUAUCUCCCACGUUUCGUGUGACGAUAUCGAGUCGAUCCGUCUCUUACAAGCGCGAAUAUAUUGUUCUAAGCCCUUAUGAAACCUCAUUGCAAAUGCUACUUCCUCAAUCACCAACUACAUUCUCUUGGUACACCCAGCAUCCACUGCGCCCUUCUUCGAUCGGCUACUCGACACAUCACAUGACCAUUACCGCUCUCACAAAUCCGGAGUUUCUUAACAAUAUUAUCAUUAGUUUCCGCCCUGUCUUCUGGCACAUACCAAAUAUUUAUUCGUACUUUAUUUUAUAUUUUUAUUUCUUCCUCGGUUUCUCUCUUAGUAUAAAUUUUCUUUUCUUUUUUCUCUGUUUUCAUUUAUAUCUCUUUCGCAGUGUGUGCUUCUGCUUUCCAUUUUUGUUACGAGCCUCGUUUUCAAUUUACUGUUGGGAGUUGUUUUUUUUUCUUCUGUUUCUUGUUUUCUGA